UCUGAAUCAUGUUUUGCGUGUAUAAACGCAGUUAGAGCAAGGGAUGCGUCCACUUUCUCAGCGUUACAAUGCAACGGCGUAUUCAACAACAAUGGGAAGAAACUUCUUCACAACUGGACCCGCAAGCAGCAACCUAUUCUCCUCCAGAGGGUACUCAGCCAAUGCAAAGCCAAAGUCAAAAACCGAGUCUAAGGAAGUGGCUGCAAAGAAACAUAGCGACGCAGAGAGAAGAAGACGGCUUCGGAUUAACUGUCAGUUUGAAGCUCUUCGGACCACUCUUCCAAAUUUAAUCAAACAGGACAAAGCAUCUGUGCUAAUAGAGACUGUUAGGUACUUCAAGGAACUAAAGAAGCUGGUUAACGAGAUACCAACCACACCGUCUUUAGAAGACAGCUUGAGAUUGGGUCAAUGUAAGAACAGAGACUUUGCGAGAGUGGUGUUCAGCUGUAGCGACAGAGAAGGGCUGAUGUCGGAGGUAGCAGAGUCGAUGAAAGCAGCGAAUGCAAAGGCGGUGAGAGCUGAGAUGAUGACGGUAGGUGGAAGAACCAAGUGUGUGUUGUUUGUUCAAGGUGUGAGUGGGAAUGAAGGUUUGGUUAAGCUCAAGAAAGCAUUGAAACCUGUGGUGAAUCGUAAACCAGAGGCGAAAGACAACAGCAGCAGUGGAGGAUCGUUAAUGUUGCCUCAGCAGCAAUGAGUGCGUUCUUCUGUGUACACAUCUGUCUCUAUACUAGUCCCCAUUAGAGAAGGUAGAUAGAUAGAUGUAAAGGUAUAUAGAAGCCCAAGUGUUAUUGAAUUUGGGUGGACACACACUUACACAGUCUAUUAUAUGAAUAAAAACGGUUGCACCUCUUUCCUCACUCCACCACCUUGGAAGUAACUACUUGGAACAAAACACACUUAGAAUUUAAGAGACUUACUAGUGGAACCUUUUCUAAAAAUUCUUCUAUAUAUCAAAAGAUGUUCUUCAACACU